GCUAGAGUUAGAUACAUAGAGCCCACAAGAAUUUAAAAAAGGUUUUUGUCACUGUUUUUUAUCAUCUUGAAAGAAAACAUGAUGAAAUGUUGAGAGAGAAUCGAGGAGGAAUAAUAGAUUGAUAGCUAGAUAGAUCUUCCCAGGGUUUUCAUCACUGUUAAGUUAGUUGUGGUGGGUUUCGAUUCAGAUAUAUAACCGGUCACCCGCGUGCGCAUGGAGCGAGGAGGUGAUGACCAUGUCCACCUUCACCACCACCACCACAGCCGCCCCACUUUUCCGUUCCAAUUACUUGAGAAGAAAGAAGAUGAAGCAUGCUCCAGCUCCACCUCCGCCACCGCCAUAGUCCCUUAUCCGUCACUAGCAAUCUCCACCGUCGAUAACUCCUCAGCCGCCCCCGCCUCCUCCUCCGCAUUGGUUGAGACGACCAAGAAGCCGCCUCCGAAACGGACGUCUACCAAGGACCGCCACACCAAAGUGGAUGGACGCGGGCGGCGCAUCCGCAUGCCUGCACUCUGCGCCGCCCGCGUUUUCCAGCUCACCCGCGAGCUCGGCCACAAGUCCGACGGCGAAACUAUCGAGUGGCUCCUCCAGCAGGCGGAGCCAGCCGUGAUUGCCGCCACCGGGACGGGUACCAUUCCCGCCAAUUUCACGUCUCUUAAUAUUUCCUUGCGCAGCUCCGGGUCCAGCAUGUCGGUGCCGUCGCAGCUCCGGUCGCAGUAUUUCAACCCCAACUUCUCCCUGUCGUCCCAGCGCCGGGGCCUCUUUCCGGGGCUGUCCCCGGAAAGCUCGGCCACCACGCUGAUGAAUUUCCAGGCUGCGAAUAUGCACCUUUCCGCGGCGGCGAAGCAGGAGAUCCGGGACAGCUCCAUUGACCUGAUGGAGCCGUCGGCGUCGGAGGAGGAGGACAUCGGCCGGAAACGGAGGCACCAGGAGCAGGAUUUGCAACACCAAAUGGGGAGCUAUCUGCUGCAGUCGAGUGUUGGGACGAUGCCUACGAACCACGCGCCGGCGGCCAACUUCUGGAUGCUGGCGAAUCCGGCCAACCAAGUCAUGGCCGGAAGCUCCGCCGGCGAUCCGAUAUGGACAUUUCCGUCAGCCGUCAGUAAUAACGCCGCCGCCGCCGCAGCGGCGGCUAUGUAUAGAGGCACGAUGUCGAGUGGGCUGCAUUUUAUGAAUUUUCCGACCCCGGUGGCGCUGAUGCCUAGUCAGCAACUCGGCGGAGGGGGAAAUGGGUUGGGAGAAGGGCAGUUGGGGAUGUUUGCCGGGAUGAACAAUUACCGGACCGGCAGCGGCGGAGUGUCUGAUUCGCCGGUGAGCGGGUCUCAUUCACACCACGGCGGCGGUGAUGAUCGGCACGACGCCACAAGUUGAUUAACAUUCACUCCACUACUUGUGUUGUGUAGUUUGAUGAAAUGUUUAAUUAAACACACACGCGUUAAUUAUGAGGUUUGGUUAUUUACUUUCUCUCAAAUUUCUGUUUUUUUUUUUUUCGUUUUUAGUUUAUUUAUUUAGAGAUAUUACCCAAAAUGGGACUAAAAAAGUUUGAAAAUUCCAAAAUAGGACUUCCAUGUUUUUAUUUCCAAAAUAGGACUAAUUACUGCCAUGUUUUGGCAGUACCAGACUUCAAACAUGACAGUAUUUUCCAAAUUUGGCAGUAAUUAGUCCUAUUUUGGGAAUAAAAACAUGACAGUCCUAUUUUGGAAUUUUUGAACUUUUUUAGUCCCAUUUCGGGAACUUUCCCAUUUAUUUAUUAUGCUUCUGCUCCUCCAAAUCUUCGUUUCCUUUUUUUUUCCUUUUUUUCUGGUGUGAUUAAAUUAGUAUGCCUGACGGUUUUGUGGUUUGGAGAGCAACAUAUAUACAACCGAGAUCGAAUAUCAUUUGAUUUCCUAUAUAAUUUACAAAUUAAAUAUACAUAUUCUUAUUAGUACGUACUCAUUUUCAAUAUUCGUAUUGUUAUUAUUAUCACCGAGAAUUAUGACGAUGGAUUUAUAAUUGCUUGUGAAUAUGUGUAUUAUGAACUAUAUGUAAUUAUUAAGUUAAUUUUCC